AUGCUUAAAAUAACUAUACUUAUGCUCUUUGCGUUUGCCGGCUUUUGCCAUGGCUCGGGUUUGGAAACUGUUAAUGAUGAUGAUCUCGUGAAGAAAUUUCAUAGCCACAACAACUUUAUUGUGCUUUUCUCUAAACCUAAUUGUGGAGAAUGUGAUAAAUUUGAGGAUAUACUUUUCAAAUUGAAGCAAGAAAUUGAGGAUAAUUUGCAGGCCCAUGCUGUCAAGGCGAUCAGUAGCUCAAUGGUGCGUCUGUACUGUCCUAGUAAAGAACCGGCUGUUGUGUACUUCCGUCACGGUGUUCCGCUGCUUUAUGAUGGUCCAGUGGAGGAGGAUGCUUUGAUUGGGAAGCUUAUUCAGAACAAAGAUCCUAACGUAAAGGAACUCUCGGAUGAGACGUUUGAACAUCUAACUCAGGCAUCGAGUGGUGCCACUACCGGAGAUUGGUUCAUUAUGUUCUACACACCGAAAUGCGUCGAUUGCCAACGGCUUACGGCCAUUUGGGAAGCCGUUGCAGCAGAUCUUAAAACAAGAAUGAACGUAGCUCGUGUGGAUAUGGAAGGCAAAGGCAGCGAAACAGCUUCUCGUUUUCGUGUUAAGAAUGCUCCGGAAUUCAUUUUCUUUCGACAGGGAAAAUAUUACCGGUAUGAAAUCAACAAAUUCGAUAUCAAAUCUUUUGUGACAUUCGCUCAGGAUUGGUACAAAAACGCAAAGGCGGAGCGAGUUCCAGUACCUCUAUCGCCAUUUGAUAAUCUUGUCGAGUUGGCAGUUCAACAUCUUAAAAAUAUGCCUCAUUUGUAUGCAAAGUUGUACAACGAUUAUCCAAUGGUGGUGUAUGCUUUCGCCGCUGGUUUGCUGUUCAUCGUUGGAGGUUUCGCCCUGGCUAUUAUACUGGCCAUCAUUACACGCUGCAAAGCCGCGUCACGAGCUAAGAAAGAAACCAUAAAAAAAGCAAAAUGA